AUGGCGAGUGGUCCGGAGGAGGAGAGAGCUCGACCAGAGGUCGACGACGACGACGACGACGAUAUUCCACAGCUAAGCUCCGCGGCCGCGACGGCUCUGCGGGAGUUCCUGGAGCAGCGACUCGAAGGAGAAAAGGGGGAAGGAGACAAGCCGGAGCUGGUCGCGGAGGACUGGCGGCUGAGCCAGUUCUGGUACGACGACCGCACCGCGCGGGAGCUCGCGGCGGAGGUCUCUCUCCUCGCCUCCUCCCUGCCCGGCGCCGCCGUGGCAUGUGUCGCGUGCCCGACGCUCUACGCGUACCUCAAGAAGGGCAGCCCGGACGUGCCCGCGCGGCUGCUGGAGUACGACGAGCGGUUCGGGCGGUACGGCGGCGACUUCACCUUCUACGACUACAACCGGCCGGAGGAGCUCCCGCCCGCCUUGAAGCACGCCUACCGGAUCGUCGUCGCCGACCCUCCUUACCUGAGUCAGGAGUGUUUGGUGAAGGUUGCUAAGACGGUGUCGUUUCUCGCGCCGCCUGAAGGCUCGUUCCUGCUCUUACUCACAGGGGAAGUUCAGACGGACCGCGUGCUGCAGCUCCUGAAUGUGCACCCAUGUGGUUUCAAACCUCAGCACUCGAACAAAUUGGGAAACGUGUUCCGCUUGUUCACAAAUUACGAUCCUGCAGACAGACUCGGUGGAUGGGAUCGUAGCGACGGCGCCCACAUUUAGCGCCGCUAAUUAUUUUGUGGCCCAUGUCAUUGGGUAAUGCUUGUUUAGAAACAGAACAUGAUUUGGCAGUCACGGAGAUGUUCAUCCCGGUGAUGUGCCCAUAUGUUACAUCUUCCUUUCUGAUGGAUGAGAACGUUGUCAACGUUUGUGUUUGAAAAAUAUGUCUGCGGUCAUGUAUUAUGGUCAUGUAGUAUGGAAACAAAACUUUCCACAAGUGUGCCUGUUUUUUUGGCAAUGGUUGUUUUACAA